AUGGGUGGACGUCCUUCUGUCCAUCAAAAAUCAAUCCACGAUAUCACUGUUAAGGAUGCUAAAGGUAAAGAUGCCGAUUUGAGUAUAUACAAAGGGAAAGUUCUGCUCGUUGUCAAUGUUGCUUCCAAAUGCGGAUACACGAAUUUGAACUACACCCAGUUGACAGAACUUUACAGCAAGUAUAAGGAUAAGGGUUUCGAGAUCUUGGCAUUCCCUUGCAAUCAAUUCUUGUAUCAGGAACCUGGGUCAAGUGAGGAUGCAGAACAGUUUGCUUGUACAAGAUUUAAGGCUGAAUAUCCCAUCUUUCAAAAGGUAAAAGUGAAUGGUAAAGAUUCUGCACCAGUCUACAAGUUCCUCAAGGCAAGUAAAGGUGGUUUCCUUGGUUCUAGCAUCAAAUGGAACUUCACAAAGUUUCUAGUCGACAAGGAUGGGCAAGUAAUUAGACGUUAUGGUACAUCUACCCCACCAUUGGCAAUUGAGGCGGAUAUCCAAAAAGCGUUGGGAGAGGCAAGGGAACAAUCAGCCAUUUCUGCAUUCACUGCAUAUUCCUAUCUACGUAGCGUGACUCCUUCCCUCGCAAAAACCAGAAAAGCUUCAGAAUUCUUCAUUCCACAGCAUAAAAUUUCAAGUUUUGAUAAACUCAAUAACACAUUACAACUGCAGCAUGACACCGAGUUCGAUUUUCUCUCCGAGAAGUUCAAAACUCUGAUCAAAACAGCAUUGUUCGAAACAUAUCGGGGAGCAUAG